AUGAGCCAUGCCUCCAUGCCGGGGGUCUCGUCGCCUCAAAUAGGGCGAGACACUACCCGUGCAGCCCGGCCAAAUGCUACAGCACUGCCGGCUAAGGAUCCAGCAGUAUGCCCUACAGACGACGAGGCCCAGGUGCCGAGGAAGCCUCCUAAGAACAAGCGGAGCUUGGAUUAUGUCUGGCGAUCUGGAGUCGCAGGUGGUCUGGCAGGAUGCGCGGCCAAGACUGUUGUUGCGCCGCUCGACCGAGUGAAGAUUCUUUUCCAGUCUCAUAACCCACACUUCAUCAAAUACACGGGAUCAUGGCUUGGUGUGUCGGAGGCCAUGAAGGCCAUCUACCAGCAGGACGGACCAACAGGCCUUUUUAGAGGCCACUCAGCGACACUUUUGAGAAUUUUCCCCUACGCAGCCAUCAAGUUCCUGGCCUACGAACAAAUACGAGCUAUUGUCAUUCCGAACAAGGAGCACGAAACGCCAUUCCGACGACUUAUCAGCGGGUCUUUGGCAGGUGUCACCUCAGUUUUCUUCACAUAUCCACUAGAAGUUAUUCGAGUACGGCUGGCUUUCGAGACGAAGAAGGACAGCAGAUCAUCACUACGCUCAAUAUGCAAGCAGAUAUAUGGUGAACAACAAAAACCGCGCACUGUGGCUGGCCCUCUCGGCGAGCCUCUGCCAGUUGCGCCUGCUAGGCAUGGGCUGACCAACUUUUACCGUGGAUUCUCCCCAACGCUCCUGGGCAUGCUGCCCUACGCUGGCAUGUCUUUCCUGACACACGACACGGCCGGCGACCUUCUUCGUCACCCAGAAAUUGCGAAGUGGACUACACUGCCACAACCUGAGAAUGCGCCCGCCGGGAAAGCAGCGCCUUUGCGGUCUUGGGCUGAGCUAUUCGCGGGUGGCGUGGCCGGUCUGGUUUCUCAAACGGCGUCCUACCCGUUGGAAGUUAUUAGGCGGCGGAUGCAAGUUGGUGGAGCGGUCGGCGAUGGCCACAGAAUGCGCAUCGGCGAGACAGCUGGGAUAAUUAUGAGAGAGCGCGGACUGAGAGGUUUCUUUGUGGGCUUGACCAUUGGUUACGCCAAGGUGGUCCCCUUGGUGGCGGCGAGUUUCUACACGUACGAAAGACUAAAGACAUGGUUCGGCAUUUAG